AUGUCCUCCUCGCACCAUUUAUUAUUAGAGCCAUUACCCAACGAUUCGUUAAAGCAGCUUUCUCAACUCUCGACCUACAUUGCAACGUCUGAAAAAGAAAUUGGAUACACCGUUGACUUCAGCAAACCAUACAUCGAAAUUCGUUCCAACUACCUACUCAAAUCCUUACACUCACUGUCGCAAUCGGUCCAAGUGUCUGAACGUCACCAGGGCAUUUCAUACGAAAAGGGUUCUGGGGAAUUUCUCAAAUACAUGGAAUGCUUUACAAAGGCUAUUCAGGCAGAGCAACAAUUUGCUGGCAAAAUUCUCAGCAACCGAUCUCAAAGAAGUACUGCUUUGAAAGGAAGCAUAGCACCUGCCCUGCAAGAGUUUAUCUCGGCCGGGCGACAUUUGAACGUGGUUGCUAAACGGUUAAACUAUUUUGACACCAUUUUCAUAUUCGAUAUUAUGGAAAAAUACGAACGCGACUGUGCUCCGAUUCUCAAGGAGUUAUCACAAGAAAUUGAUUUGAGCGAUUGCACUGAAAUGAUUUCGACGUUCAAGUUGACAGCGCUCAAGAGCUUCCAUGACUUUUCCGAGGACGUCAAGGGCAAGCGCGAAAAUAAUGCGUUCAUGAACAUGAGCAGUGAUGGUACCGUGCAUGAAAUGACCAGUAAUACCUUGAACUACUUGAAACGCCUGUACCUGUGGCGCGAAAUUGUGGAACCCCUAUUGUUGCUGCUCGGUGACGGUGGCUGGAACCACCCUGGACCUAUCACUGCAAUUCCAGAAAAGUCAUUUGCGUAUGGUGAAACGCCCAAAGGAACAGCAUUAUUGCAAAGCUUCUUUGAUGAUGCUUUGGAUCAGUUGACAGUAUCCCUACAAAGGAUAUCGCGUGGAUACAAGAAACCUGCUUUGGCUACCGUCUUUUUACUCAACAACUACAACCAUAUCUUACGACAAAUCCGAUCACCGCCACUUAAUGCCAUCUUUGACGAAGUAUCCGAACUCAAAUUCAGCAAAUUGGUCAAGAAGCAGCUGGAUACCUACCAAGAAUCAUGGAAGCCAUGUGUAGAGAAUUUGAUGGAUGUCACUUAUGUUCGAGGAGGCGCAAUCAAGAAUUCCAUGGGAAGUGGCGAGCGUCAGCUUGUCAAGGAACGAUUCAAGGUAAGAUUGAGUCCUUUUUCCUUCUCUAAUAAUCAAUUUCUCGAGUGA